AGGCAGAAGCGCAAGCGUUAAGAACGAAGAACAAAUCAAGCGGUUCUUGAAUUUAUUGCUAGAUCUUGAAGAAGAUUUCGAGUGCGUCUAGAGAAGAUGCUGCUGCAGACUUUCACGCUGCUGCUGCUCAGCGCCACAGCGUUGACGUUGACGUCGCCGCCGGAGGGCACAACAGAGACGCCUCCAGCAAGCAGUCAGAGUCCGAAUCAAACUCCCAUUGGAGACAAGGAGGAGCAUUUUCCGGCUGAGGCACCCGCACAGGCGGAGCAAGCAGCUUUGGUAGAAACACAGCCUGGGUUUUUGCAACCGCCGUUGUCCUCGAUGCCCACUUUGGAGGCAGAAGAUGCACAGCGUCGACGUCUAAUCACCUAUGAUCAGCGGCAGGAGGGACAGUACAAUAUACGCGCCGAUCUGGAGAACUUUAUGAUUGUGCUAAUACCACCAGGACCACAGGAGGGACUCAGCCUGUUGGAUCUGCUGACGAAAUCCUCGUUACGUAGCGGAACCAAAGGCGGCCAGAGCAAGCGCAAGCAUGCACUGAAAUCCUUUUACCAACGACAACAGUUGCAACAACAGCAGCAACAACUACAACAACAGCAACUGCAACCACAACAGCAGCUGCCCAUUUCGGAUUUCAUAGAGGGACGCACACCUUACCAUGUGGACAUCUCGGCUGUCAGUGAGGAGCAGCAGCAGCAGCAUCCUCGUUUACAUCGGGAGCAGGUGGAUGUGCUGCCACCACAACUGUUGCCCCUGCCGCAGUUGAUUAAGCCGUUUCAUCUGGAGGCGGAACCAGAGCUGAUACAGGCCUUGCCACCAGUUGUUGCCAGCGGAAGCACCAACAAACUGCUAGAGAGCUACAACCAGAUGGGAUCCCAUUAUUAUCGUAAUUCACGUUCGCUGGGCGGCGACAACUUCCUGGACACGAAUCGCCUGACGCCUGAAUUUAGCUCCAGUUUCAAUGCUCGUGCCAUCAGUGUGCCAAUUUAUCGGUCCGAUGUUGCCCAUGCCAAUCGCAAUGCCAACGCCCUGUAUCCGCCCAUUGAUGUGCCCGCCUACAUUGUGAACGAGGCACAGCCACGCCUCUGGCAGCUGGACGAUGAACCGACGCCCAUUCGACCUAAGCACUUGAUCGAUGGCGAUGUCUUAAACUUUGAGCUGCUCAACGAUUCACUGGCCGACUCAAAGGCAUUGCUGCGGGAUGGGGAUAAAUUGGCACGCUGUGCGCCCGGACAGCGUCGUGAUAGCUACGGCGCCUGUCGCCAGCUCGAAGGCUACUGAGACUGGCACCUUUGACCUUUGAGACUGCUAAAUGAAAGCCUAUUUCAUAAGAUUAACACUAUGAUUAAUGAUAUAUGAUAACUGCUAAAUUUUGCAAAGUAAUAUAUUUAGUUUUAAGUUUACACAAUCAAUAAACAAUCACACUUGAAAUUCAA